UGUGCUUUGUUUUAACCACGCUUCUAUCGUCUUCUGCAGCUAACGCAAGGGAAAUACAUAAGGACUAUAAUACAUAAAACCAAAACUCUGUUAUUGUGGUUGUGUUGACGUAACGACAAUUGAAGUUAGGUUGCCGUAACGCAACGCUGCUAGUCGUAAAUCUUUAACCGACCAAUCGGCAUACAUUAGCAGAAUGUUAGCGCUUUAUGGGCAAAACCGUCUGCCCUGUAAGAAAAACAAACAGGCAAUAUUUUUUUUCUGUUCAGUUUUGAUACAUAAUCGAUACUAUAUUUGCAAAAACUAAAAUAAAAUCUGGGCGUUUUGGUCUAGAAGUAGGUGUAAAUAAUUAUUUAGCCACUUCUCUCCAUUCACUCCCGUUCAUUGAACUCAUACCUCGCGAUCGCCCCCUAGUUGAAUUACAACCAACUUUCGAUACAAUGGGAUUAAUAGGAAGCGGACAGGCUAUCCGUAGAAGAGCUCUGGUUGUCGCCCAUGCUCAUCUGAAUACCAUCAGGCAUAACGCAUGUGCCUGCGUCAAGCUCAAACACGUGAAGAAAUCUCUCCAGGUGUUUAACGGCGAGGCUACAAAAAGCGUGUCCCUGAUCCACUACCGUCUUUUGCUGUCUCAGCUCCACAAAUUCUUUGCUCUGAUGGCUGAAUCAGAGCCCGUCUCCGCCCAGGUCAGAGAAAAGAGAGGCUGUCCGGAGGACCAAGAGGAGGACACGCUGACAAAGAAACCCAGACUCGAGAAUGAUCACAAGAACGGAGGCCCUCCUCACCAAGAUGACAACGAAGAAGAAGAAGAAGAGCUCGAGGGUGAAGAAUGUGAUGGAGAGGAGGAUGGGGAGACCUUUGCUGAUAUGAUGAAGCAUGGCCUCACUGAGUUGGAUGUAGGAAUCCUGAAGUACGUCAGUGACCAUGAGGGCUUCUCAGGAAUCUUGAAAGAAAGAUAUUCUGACUUUGUGGUGCAUGAAAUCAACAAACAGGGCAAGGUAGUGCAUUUGGAUGACCUUUCUAUCCAUGCAGAGGCUGCAGAGGAAGUCCCAGAGGCUCCACAGCUGCCACAGGAAUCUGAUGUGCUGACCGAAGAGCAGAAAAAGGAGCUUGGGGAGCUGCAGCUCUUCAGAAAUAAAGAGGGCAGCGUCUGUAUUGAAGUGUUGGACGAUACAAAAGAAAAGCGGACGCUGAUCCAUAAAGCCAUCAAAACUCAGUUUCCUGGUCUGGAGACAAAGACAGAAGAGAAGGAUGGACGCAAGUUCAUAGUGGCCUACCACGCUGCUGGGAAGAAAGCUUUAGCAGCUCCAAGGAAACACUUCUGGCCCAAAAACCGUGGCAGUUUCUGCCACUUUGUCCUGUACAAAGAGAACAAGGACACCAUGGAUGCUAUCAACGUGCUUUCAAAGUUCCUCAGGCUUAGACCCAACAUGUUCUCCUACAUGGGAACCAAAGACAAGAGAGCCAUCACUGUGCAGGAGAUCGCAGUACUCAAGAUCACAGCAGAGAGGCUCGCUCACCUCAACAAGUGCCUCAUGAACCUCAAAGUGGGAAACUUCUGCUACAAAAACCACCCUCUAAAGCUGGGGGAGCUGCAGGGAAAUCACUUCACUGUGGUCAUCAGGAACAUCUCAGGGACAGAUGAGCAGGUUAAUCAGGCCAUGACAUCCCUCAAGCAGACGGGCUUCAUCAACUACUAUGGCAUGCAGCGCUUUGGCACCACAGCUGUGCCUACACAUCAGGUUGGCAGGGCUAUCUUGAAAAAUGACUGGAAUGAAGUGGUGGAUUUAAUUCUGAAGCCUCGUCCUGGAGCGGAGAAAGAAUUCCUGGUCCGCUGCAGAGAGGAGUGGGCAAAGACUCAGGACCCAGAGGCAGCCCUGAAAAAGCUGCCAAACAAGCGCUGUGUGGAGGGGCAGCUGCUACGAGGCCUGUCUAAGUACGGCAAGAAGAACAUCAUCAAUGCUUUUGGACUGAUUCCUCGCAACAACCGUCUGAUGUACAUCCACAGCUACCAGAGUGUGGUGUGGAACACCAUGGUGAGCCGCAGGAUUGAAGCCUUUGGCCUGAAGGCAGUGGAGGGGGACCUGGUGCUCAGAGGAACCUCAGCACACGUGCUGUCUGCGGAGGAAGCUGAGACGCACUCCAUCCAUGAUAUUGUGAUGCCACUUCCUGGGUAUGAUGUCAUCUACCCCUCUCAUUAUGUGGGGGAAGGCUACAGAGAACUGCUCUCUGCAGACGGGUUGGACAUUGACAACAUGAGACACAAAGUGAAGGACUAUUCCCUGGCUGGAGCCUACAGACGCGUCAUCAUCAGACCCACUGAUGUCAGCUGGGAGGUGAUUCUGUAUGACGACCCCAGGAUCUCCCUGGUGCACUCUGAUUUUGAGAAACUGGAGAACAAACCGGCUCCUGUCUUUAACAGAGAGGGGAAGUAUCGGGCUCUGCGGAUGGCGUUCUCCCUGCCCCCCUCUACCUAUGCCACCAUGGCGAUCAGAGAGGUCCUGAAGUUGGACACAAGCAUCAAGAAACAGACGCAGCUCAACACCACCUGGUUUAACUGAGACCGAAACACAUUCUGUCUGCAUCAGCAGGCUGCAAAGCACCCGUCUUCUGUGGCUGCUUACUGUUGUGAGUGUUUAGAAGUGUAUUAUUGUGUGUGUGAAUGAAUGUGAUUGGGUUCUGUGUGUGAACCCAAAGCAAUUUCUUUGAAGUACAAAGAGCGAUGAUUUAUCAUUAUUAAACCAUUUUUUUUAAAACAGUGUUUUUACUUGCUUUGUGCUGCAACGAUUCAGCAUAUUUUGACAGUGAUUUGAGCAAACCUUGUUCUUACAGGGUGUCACGUAAAUGAAUCCCUAUUGCACAGGGUGUCCAGCAUGCCCUCUUUGUACAGAAAUUACUUUCAUUUUUUUAACGUAGAGUUGAAUGUGUGAAAUUAAAAAACCUGUUGAAAAGAGAAAUUAAAAAUGUUGAGUUUAUAGUA